AUGUCUCAAAGACCCAUCCGCAUCGCCAUCCCCGGCGGUGGUCUCGCCGGCGCCACCCUCGCCCACGCGCUGCUCAAACACGCGCACCUAGACGUCCACAUCUUCGAGUCCGCCGAAUCCUUCAAGGAAGCCGGCGCCGCGGUGGGCAUCGCCCGCAAUGCCCUCUCGGCCCUGGACCUCAUCGGCCCCACGGCGAUCGCAGCCCUCCAGCGCGCUGGUGCCGUGCCCCAGAAGGGCGUGCGCUUCAUGCUGGCCCAGGGCCCCGACGCCGGCGACGGGGGAGCCAUGAUCGACGAGAUCGACGCUGAGGCCCACCAGAAACAGAUCGUCAGCAUCGUGCACCGCGCCGCGUUCCUGAGGGAGCUCCUCGCGGAUGUCCCGCCGGCUCGGAUGCACGAAUCCAAGAGGCUCGAGAGGGUCACCCGCGGCGAGGAGGGCCCCCCUGGCGAGGCAGCGCCCAUGACGCUGCACUUCGCCGACGGUUCCACGCACGAGUGUGACGUCCUCGUCGGCGCGGACGGCAUCCACAGCACUGUGCGCCGGAUCGUCCUCGGCCACGACGACCCGGCCGUGCGUCCGCGGAACACAGGGUGGUGGGCCAUCAUGGGCCUGAGGCCCCUUGCCGCGGCGCAGGCGAGCCUCGGGGAGGGCCUCGUGGGCGUGGAUGACCCGCGGCAUUAUGGCUGGACCGGCGAGGGCGCGUAUCUCAUGCACGACGCGCUCAGCGACGGGCAGCUCGUGCAGCUCGUCGCCUGCGGCAUGGACGAGGACGCCCGCGGCUCCGGCCGGUGGCAGACCACGCUGAGCGCGGAUGAGAUCCGCGAGCGGUUCCGGGGUUGGCCGGUGCGUCUCAGGAAUUCCGUUGAGAAGCUGCUCUGCGACGAGCCGGAGCAACCGGCACGCUACCUGUGGGAGCACCCGCCAGCCCGCACGUACGUCUCCGGCCCCAUCGCCGUCAUGGGCGACGCCGCGCACGCCACCACGCCCUGGCAAGGCUCGGGGGCGGGCAUGGCGAUCGAAGACAGCCUUGUCCUGUCUACUCUUCUCGGCCGGGCGGAGACUGCGGCUCAGGCCUCGCUGGCCCUCGAGGUGUACGACCAGGUCCGCCGGCCUCGCACGCAACGAGUUGUCGAGUCGAGAAGGGGGACGGGUAUUAUGCGGACUGGGUUGGACAGGGAAGUGGGUCUUGAUCUCCUGAAGUUCCGGAAGAGGUUACUUUCCAGGUGGGACUUUAUUAUAGAUUUUGACAACAAGCAGCAUUGUGCGGAUGCAUUGGCAGUUAUGGAGAGGCUUCUCGGGGCAAGGCAAUAA